AUGAGAUACUUAGCUGCCUACUUGUUGUUGAUUCAAGGCGAAAACGCCGCCCCAACCCUCAAGGACCUCCAAGAAGUCAUUGAAUCCGUUGGUGUUGAAUUCGAAGCCUCUAGAGCUGAAGCUUUGUUGAAAUCUUUGGAAGGUAAGACCAUCCAAGAAUUGAUUGCUGAAGGUUCUGCCAAGUUCGGUUCUAUGCCAUCUGGUGGUGCUGCUGCCUCCUCUGGUGGUGCUGCCGCUGCCGGUGGUGCUUCUGAAGAAGCCGCUGAAGAAGAAGCUGCUGAAGAAGAAGAAGAAUCCGAUGAUGACAUGGGUUUCGGUUUGUUUGACUAA